AUGGCCCCUAGGGUUCACAACUUUUCAAAUUUGCUCGUCUCACCGCUUCCACUAAGUGCAAUAGCUUCCUUCGUGGGUCCCCGCCAGGGUCCAGGUCCAAGUCAGGGUCCAUGUCUUUUUCCUCCCCCUAUUUGGCGCGUUUUGCGGGCCAUUUUUUUUAAUCUUUUGUUCAAGUACUGCGCGUUAGAACAAUUUCUUGAAGAGCGUCGAUGA